CAGGAUGCGGCCAUGGGCAUUGGUGCCGCUGAGACUGUGGCCAGUGGCAAAGUCGGUCAAGUCGGCCACAGUGGCCACGGCUAACGCGCGUGGACAUAAAGGCUGGUAGGAAACCUCAUCUCUACCCUUUACCACACGCCUUCCGCAUACGUUGACACCUUGGACUUCCACAUCAUGUCUCGUGUUGCCGAUAAACCUGCAGCCAAGGCCGCCGCGGCGCCGGCGUUCCGUUGGAAGAACACUGUCACCUCUACUUUGAGGCAGCAUGUCCGAUUCCUGAGCGUCUGGGUCUCGCGCCUCCCAGACCACGAUCUUGAAUGCGAGCAGUAUCACUUCCUGGACGUGUCCUUGAACUUCAUUGCAGCGCGCAUGCUGCCCGAUGGCGCGGAGUACAUGGUCUCCGUACACCCUCAAGCACCUUUCCGCGCUCCAUCCGCCAUUGCCAAUAUUGAGGAGCCGGGUCCUACCCAGGACUCGGAUCGCGCAUUCACCCGACACUACCGCGCCGCUAAUAUCGAAGUUGAGGUCCCCGUGGAGCCGGUCGGUGCGGACGACGAUGUGCUGAUGAUGGAGGAUGACCUUCACGGUCACCAAAGCCUCUCGCAUGAUCCAAUGGCAGAGGUCUCGUUCACAACGGACGUCACGGAGGUUGGCCCGGCUCCCAAGGAGAAGGUCUCCUAUCCAGACUUCGCGACCAUCAUAUCGUUCAUGGAGGCGGAUGCGCUGGAAGUCGAAGAACACGUUCUGUUCCUCCACGAGGUCAAACGCUAUCCACCUCGGUUCUUCAGGCUCACGAAUGCGGCGGCGAAGAACCAUGCCAUUACAGAGGCAAUGAACACUCAGGCUUUUCUCAAACAGACGUCGUUGCAAGCCUACAGAGCUUUUAACGAGUAUCCUGGGGAUGACCGGCUACACGUCAUGCUUCAUAUUGGUAUUUAUUUUCGCGUCGCUACAUUCGACCGGAAGCGUACCCAGAAAUUUGUGAAACAAUUCGCAAACAUGCCAAGGGGGGCGCUCUGGGAAGUCGUCCCAACCAGGAUAUCUCAAGUGAAGUGUAUGUUCAAUGCGAUAUUCAAUGACGACGGAAGCGUUGUGAUUGAGGAAUAUGGGAGGCGAUUCAAGACGUGGAUGUCGACAACCAGAGGUGAUCGGGUAGCAGCUUAUGAAGAAGCCAGGCUGCCUCCGGGUGCGAAGGGGAAGAAGACUCGAAGGAAGAAGGGCAAGCGCAGUUAGAUUAGCACGGGUGGACUGUGCCUAUUGUAUUCACUUUGUUACCCGUCUCACCGAAGAUUUGGCACUUACGACAAGUUACGAGACGCAUUGAGAGCAGCGUUGACAACCAUACCUUGUAACAUCCGAGUCACCCCUCAUUCCUAGAAGGUUACUACGAUCA